UUGGAUUACUCAAGGGAAGAUGGUCUAUACUUAGAAGCCCUUCUUUCUUUCCCAUCCGGACUUAAGGUCGUAUUGUUAUGGCUUGCUGUUCUAAUACAUGACUUAAUUAGGAGAGUUAUGCCUUUAGACGAUAUACUAGAGGAGGUAGAGAGUGAAAGUGAUGAUGAGUCCGAUGAUUCUCAUGAUGAAAUUGAGUUUAUUACGAAUAUUGCAACUUCUGAUCGUUGGACUACAUUUAGAAAUACACUAGCACAAGAUAUGUUUAAUGCAUGGAGGGCACGAGGUCGACAUGCUCAUUAGCAAGUAAAUGUAAGCAUUUUUAGUUCAUUUCAUUUUUUUUCUUCUAGUGUUUUUAGUUCAGUUGCAUAAUAUUCUGUUUAUAAAUAUCCUGGAAUUUGUUAACUAAAAUUAAGAGCUCGUUAUAAUCUGUAACUCAUAUGGAGUACAUAAUUGGAGGCAAGUCAUAGACCAUUUAUCAGCCAAAGGCUAAAAAUAAAUUUAUUCAUUUUCUGGGGUAUAAAAAGUGUAAAAACUCAUCAUUUUGAUAUAUUGUUGCAUUAACAUUUUGUUGUUUUUAGAAAUACCUUAUGUUUUUUUGGUACUGAUUGGAGUGUCCAAGUGUUCAACUAUUUUAUUUUAACUCAUCAGGAAGUUAUGUUAGAGGCAAAUACAAUACAUGUUGACUUUAGCUGAUUUUUACUGAAUCCAACUUAUAUUUGCAGAUUAAAACUUUAAAACUAUUGUUUAAAGGUGUGACUUUUACUGAACAUUUAUUAAUUUUACAAGUCCAAAUGUUGGCUAUUUGACUUUUUAUGUCUGAUAUGGAAUGAAACGUUCAUUUUAGUAUGGUAGCUUACAUUCUGUUUUUAUAUAUCCUUCUACUAUUUUUAAUCUGGCUGCUUAAUAUCGUUUUUUUAAAUAUAUUUUGCAUACUGACAUCUACUAUAUAUUAAUGGUUUCUUAAAUAGGAUGGUUUCUGACACAAUCAAUCAAGCUAGUGAAGAAGGCAACAGUAGAGGGAGAGGUAAAAACAAAAGAUUUUGGACCGUACAUGAAGAUCAUGUGCUCAUAAAAUCAUUGCAUGAGCUGGCUAGUGAUCCUAGGUGGAAAGGUGAAAGUGGAUCCAAAAGUGGGUAUAUGAAUAAAUUAGAGGAGAUGAUAAAAUGUGAGCUUCCCGAUUGUGGUUUACGAGCUGAUCCACACAUCGAGUCAAGAAUAAAGCAUUAGUCGGAGAAAUACUCUGCCUUAGCAGAGAUGUUGUCUCUUUCGAGAUUUGGGUGGGAUGCCGAUAAUAAGAUGUUGCGAGUAGAAAAGAAAGUGUUCGAUGAAUGGGCAAAGACUCAUAAAAGGAAAUGUAUGGAGUACCUUUUUCUCACUAUGACAUACUUGCUAAAAUCUAUGCUAAAGACAAAGCAACAUGAGAUAUGAGCGAGUCCUUUUAUGGAGCAGUCAAGAACAUGAAUUCUGAGAUUGAAAAGGAGCCAUUAACUUUGGAGAGUGAUGAGGAGGAUGAUGCCAUUUCUACAACUCAAAGUCGGAAGCGUCCAUUGAAGAAAGAGGUUGAUCUUUCAACUCCCUUGAAGAAACCAAAGAAAUUGAAGGACUUUAAGGAUAAGGGACAGAAGAAAUUAUAUGAAGGUGAUCAACUAGUUGCUUCCCUUCAUAGUGUCUCAACAAAUUUCAGCACCAUUUUCGAGAACAUCAGUGCUAAUCUUGCAACCAUGGCUAGUACGUGGUCAAAAGCUGAAGAAAGGGAACAACAAUUGGAUGAAAAAGUUAACAAGAUAUUGGAGGAGGUUAUGAAGUUAGAAGGUGUCUCUCCAUCUGAAGCCUUGGAAGCAGCAACAAUUUUGAUGGCACAUGAACAUAAGCUCAAAAUUUUUUAUCAAGCUCCGGUGAAUCUUAAGAAGCAAUACAUUCUCGAUCUUCUUAGGAAAAAAAUAGAGCUAGAACUUUUAUAUCAACUUUAUGAUGUAUUUUCUUUUUAUAACUUUAGACAAUCUAAUUUUUAUGUUCUACAAUUAAUCAUGACAGAUUCUAAGUUUCCAAAAUCGGAUUUGGUUCAAGGGUUCUAUCUCUAUGUCUAGCAUA